AUGGGUAAUUUUUGUCCAAAGGGUGAUGCACAUUCUGAGAGAAGUUCUAUUGCCAACAUUGUAGUAGAGGAAGUAGAUUAGACUAAGUUGAAAGCCACCCAACCUAUGCAAUCUAGCCAAAAUUUAGUUACAAGUAGCAACGUAUUGACAGUACCAAAACCAAAAGGUUAGGUAAGUAGAGAUGAUUUUGCAAAAAUUGAUAAAUUGGGAUAUGUAUUAUAGAAUUAAAUUUAAAAGGGAGCUUUUGGAGUAGUUUUUAAGGUGAGAUAGAAAACGACAAAUAAAAUAUAUGCGAUGAAAUAGAUAGAGAAAGAGAAGAUAUUCAAAAAUAAGUUAUAAAACAAUACAGUUUUAGAAAGAAAUGUUUUAAAGUAAAGUAAGCAUCCUUUUAUUGUCCGUUUAAAAUAUGCAUUUCAAACAAAUUCUCAUAUAUAUUUUGUAAUGGAAUAUAUAGCAGGUGGAGAAUUCUACAAGAUAUUGAAUCAAGUGAAAACAGGAUUGCCAGAGAAUGUUGUGAAAUUUGUGGCUGCAGAAGUAGUAUUGGCACUUGAAUACUUAAAUACAAAAUUAAAAGUGAUAUAUAGAGAUUUAAAACCAGAAAACUUAUUGUUAACAACAAGUGGACAUGUAAAGUUGACAGAUUUUGGAUUAGCUACAAUGAGAAGGGAAAAUGGAGAGAAAUCAUAUACUGUAAAUAAAUAAAUAUUAAAUAAUUAUAAAGGUUGCUGGAACUGCUGAAUAUCUUGCACCAGAGAUAGUAAAUAAGUCAGGACAUUCAUAUGAAGUAGAUAUAUGGACUUUGGGAAUAUUGAUUUAUGAGAUGAUUAAUGGUUUUACACCUUUUCGUGAUUCAAAUAAUGACUUUAAGGUGAUUUCCCAGAAUAUAAUUGAAAAUCAACCUGUAUUUCCUGAAAAGAUGUCUUAAUAAAGUGUAGAUUUAAUUAAAUAGAUCUUGUAGACUAAUCCAUAAGAGAGAUUAGGAGUGAAGGUACAAAAUUAGAAUUAAUAAUUAGGGAUAAGGAUAUGAUGAAUUAAAAAGACAUCCAUUUUUUAAUGGUAUUAUAUGGGAUUAAUUGUCAAAUUUGAAAAUAACAUCACCUUUGAAAACAUUUGCUGAAAGAAAUACUCAGAAAAUGAAUUUGGUUAAUAAAUAACCUUAGAAUUUUCAAAACACUCCUUGUAAUCCAUAGAGUCCGAAACUUAAAAUUGAUGGAAUCACUUUUGAAGGAGAAGGUACCUUUUCUUCAUAUUUUUGA